UUGGAAAAAAGCAGUACUGGUCGUCCUACAGUAUCUCCCAUGACAUCUGAUGAUGAUGACGCUGCGGAAGCAGGUCCAUCAAAAGAAGUCUGGAGCAGCAGAAGUGGGACUUCUGUAACACACCACCAAAAAAAACAUGUGGCAGCAAAGAAAGCAAGGUCUGAUGUCCAGGGCCAAACACAGCAGGCUACCCCGCCACGAAGAUUAUCGACAGUAUGUUCGAUCCCCCCGCUCCAAAUUUUGGACACACCUCCAAGACGAGAACCACACUCCCCUCAUCUUGAUUCUUCUAGUCCUGGUAACAGCAUCCCUCCGCAACAACAGCAACACAGUGACAUGGAUGAGACAAACAUGUUAGAAAUGCAGCCAUUAAGCAAAGGAAUGAGCCCCCCAGCACCUGUGAGUAAACCACCACAGCAAAGCACUCCACCACCACAACACAGCCCAACAACACCAGUAACACAAGGCCCUGAUCACGUGUUUUGGAACAUUUGGGCUAGACAGCAGGCCACUAAUGAAGAUUGCCUGCGUAGGCAGACACAAAUGUUUGCAAGCCUACCAUGUCACCUCAGAAGAUUAAACAGAAAUAUGAGUAGACAAAAUGAACAAACCACGAGAAUUGGCAAUACCAUGGAACUCAUGCGUGCACUCAAUGUCACCCUCACUAACCUCAAUGAAACACUCAGAUCCAUGCACCAAAAGCAAACAAGCAGCAGUUCUGGUACGACUACUCCAAAUAUCACGCCAGUGUCAUCACCACCAAGACGCUCCACCAGAGCACGCCAACAUGACAGUGCUAAAGGCAAAGGGCAGGACAAGCAGCCAACCAAAAAAAAAUUAACAAAUAAACCUCACAUUUUAAAUUUCAGAGAAGUAAAUCAAAAUACUUAGUAAGUGUAUGUUUGUCAAAAUAGAUAUAACACUUAGCUCCUUGACAAUUUGUACAACAUCAUUAAUUAUAAGUGGUACAAACAACAACAGGAAAUUUGUACGCACAUUUAUUCUUUACCAUCUUUGAAUGUUUUUGGAGGAGGGAAAUGUUUGAGCUGCACAUAGAUGUUAGCAGGAAGUAAACAGACCACUUGAUUUUUUUUUUAAAUCAUUACUCUUUCUAGAUUCCAAUCAAUCUCAGAUCCUGCAGACACAAUAAUUGGCAGCCAGCCAGAAUGUCUUUAGCAGGAAGUAAACAGACCACUUGAUUUUUUUCUAAUCAUUACUCUUUCUAGAUUCCAAUCAAUCUCAGAUCCUGCAGACACAAUAAUUGGCAGCCAGCCAGAAUGUCUUUAGCAGGAAGUAAACAGACACUUGAUUUUUUUCUAAUCAUUACUCUUUCUAGAUUCCAAUCAAUCUCAGAUCCUGCAGACACAAUAAUUGGCAGCCAGGCAUAAUCAUCCAUGACCAAUGCAACUUACAAUGUGAAUUAAAACUGGUUUACAUUUCUUCUGUAGACGACUUUACAAGAAAAACACAAUAGAGUUGUGUAAAAGUGUCCUAAUAUGUUUGUGUACAUUUUUAAAUUUUAAUAACCGAAAUGAAUGACAUUAUUGUUGUGGCAUGUUUGGGUGUUUAAAAAAUGAGUAAUCAUAUUUAAAAACCUGAGGCACAACCCAUAAAAUGAAAAAGAUUUUAACUUUUAACACUAAUGUGUGUAAUAAUGGAUAUAUGUAAAAAAAAUGUGUAUUGACUUUUAAAACUCCAAAUUUACUCCACCAAACAAAAGGCAAUAAAUUA